ACUCUGCAAUAGGAACGUGCGUCUGACCCAGUCACUUCAUGGUAUGACCAACGCUAAGCAACACAGAAUGCACACAGCAAAAUAAUUAAAACUUCUCCAGCAUUAUACUCAAUAAUCUUAAAUUGGAGAUUGAAAGGUACACGUAUGCUGUGCUUUCUUCUAAGAUGUAUAGUGGUUAAGAUAAGUCAUCUUGGCAUUAAUGUCUCUUUCUUGCAGGUAGGCCUUAAAGUAUAUAGAUACUGAUUCUCUCUCAGACGCAGGUAGAUCCUGUCCUGGGUCAUUACUUAUCUGAGAGGACGGGGUGACCUGAAUGGUUAAGCAGCAUGAAGCUGGAUGUGUUCCAACAGCAAGAACAAGGCUCUGUUUGGGCACAUAAAUCACGAUCUUUCAGGCAGGCUUCUUAACAUUCACAAGUGAUAGGAUGGGAACUCUGGGCUGGUUAUGGCAAAUGUGGCACUUGGGUAAAACAGGCUGUUAGACUUAGCUGAUCACAGGGAGGAAAAUAAGGAACAUUUGAGACCAUUUAUAUAUUCAAUGAUAUGCAGGAAAAUUGCUUUAAUUUUAGAGAAAUUCAUAGACUCUUUGACAGUAAAGUAAUGGCUUAGCAAUUACUUACUUCUCCCCAGUCUACAUCACUUGUAUUCUCUAAAGUCUCUGCAUUACUCAGUGAUGUUUGACACUAAAACACGAGAACGCAGAAGAAAAUAAAAUGGGUGGAUGAAAAUAAGUAUACUGAGCGUUUGAAAAACAACUAUUCAUACCAUUUGUAAUCCUUUUCAGCAACAUAUAGACCUAAAGCAGUUGUAAGACUGAGUUCUUACCAGAAUUAAGCUUCUAAAUUCUAGAAGGUGAACUAGCGCCUACUGCCGAGCUGGAUGAUGAUGUCGUUUCUUGUCUUUUGGCUUCCUGGCCGGUGGGGGAUGCUCGUUUCUCUAUAAAUGUGACACCAUUAACAACAUCCGGGUCACGCGUAGUUGGCCCAGUUUGGAUUCGCGACUCUGACGUCGGCAGUCGGUGUCUAACCGCCGGUUCGCGUCGCUGGUGCCGCUGCCGGGGAGUCGUCCUGUCGCCUGUGGGUCUGCGUUAUUCUGACAGAAAAAGGAGCCUGGAAGCCGAGGGGAGCAGUGCCGCAUCUUCGUUAGCUUGCCGGCUAGCCGCUGCCCGCCGUGAUAGCGCCCCGCGGUGGCGGCCAUGAGUAACAGCCACCCUCUGCGACCCCACGGCUCCGUGUCGGAGAUCGACCAUGUGCACCUGCUGUCGGAGCAGCUGGGGGCCUUGGUGCCGGGUGAGGACUACAGCGAUGUUACCUUCAUCGUGGAGGAGAAGCGCUUUCCCGCGCACCGGGUGAUCCUGGCUGCCCGCUGUCACUUUUUCAGAGCUCUGCUUUAUGGAGGCAUGAAGGAGUCUCAGCCCCAGGCUGAGGUGCCUCUGGGGGACACGCGGGCAGAGGCCUUUUCCAUGCUGCUGCAGUACCUGUACACGGGCCGGGCCAGCCUGAGCUCGGCCCGCGAGGAGACGCUGCUGGACUUUCUGGGCCUGGCACACCGCUACGGCUUGCAACCACUGGAAGACUCUGUGUCGGAGUUCCUGCGCACCAUCCUGCACACCCACAACGUGUGCCUGGUGUUUGACGUGGCCAGCCUGUACUGCCUGGACACGCUCAGCGCCGCCUGCUGUGCGUACAUGGACCGGCACGCCCCUGAGGUGCUGGUGUCUGACGGCUUCCUCGCCCUCUCCAAGACGGCCCUUUUGACGGUGGUCCGCAGAGACUCCUUUGCCGCCACUGAGAAGGACAUUUUCCUGGCACUGAGCCGCUGGUGCCGGCACAACGGCGAGUCCACAGCACAGGAAGUGAUGUCGGUGGUGCGGCUGCCUCUCAUGAGCCUGACGGAGAUGCUGAAUGUGGUGCGGCCGUCUGGCCUCGUCAGCCCCGACGACCUGCUGGACGCUAUUAAGAUGCGCUCUGAGAGCCGCGACAUGGACCUCAACUACCGCGGCAUGCUGAUCCCCGAGGAGAACAUCGCCACCAUGAAGCACGGUGCCCAGGUGGUGAAGGGCGAGCUGAAGUCGGCGCUCCUGGACGGCGACACGCAGAACUACGAUUUGGACCAUGGCUUCUCCAGGCACCCCAUUGAGGACGAGGGCCGCGCCGGCAUCCAAGUCAAGUUAGGCCAGGCCUCCAUCAUCAACCACAUCCGCAUCCUGUUGUGGGACCGGGACAGCCGAAGUCCCGCCCACUGGUCCCUUUCCUUCCUGCGCAGGUCGUACUCGUACUACAUCGAGGUGUCCAUGGACGAGCUGGACUGGGUGCGUGUGGUGGACCACUCCAAGGUUCUGUGCCGCUCCUGGCAAAACCUCUACUUCCCAGCGCGUGUCUGCAGGUACGUGCGCAUCGUGGGAACCCACAACACUGUCAACAAGGUCUUCCACCUGGUGGCCUUCGAGUGCAUGUUCACCCAUCGGCCCUUCACGCUGGAGAAAGGGCUUCUGGUGGCCUCGGAGAACGUGGCCACCAUCACGGCCUGCGCCAGCGUCAUCGAGGGCGUCAGCCGGAGCCGUAACGCGCUGCUGAACGGCGACACGCGCAACUACGAUUGGGACUCUGGUUACACCUGCCACCAGCUGGGCUCCGGGGCCAUCGUUAUUCAGCUGGCCCAGCCCUAUGUGAUAUCCUCGCUCAGGCUGCUCCUGUGGGACUGUGACGAGCGAAGUUACAGCUACUACGUCGAACUCUCCACCAAUCAGCAGCAGUGGCUCCGCGUCGUGGACCGUACCAAGGUGGCAUGCAGGUCGUGGCAGACGCUGACCUUUGAGAAGCAGCCCGCCUGCUUCAUCCGCAUCGUGGGAACGCACAACACGGCUAAUGAGGUCUUCCACUGCGUCCACUUCGAGUGUCCAGCCCAGCUGGACGUGGAGGUGAAGGAGGGCACCCCCGGGCUGGGCACCCCUGACCCCAGCCCCGCCCCCCAGCUGCCCCAGCAGCCCCGCCCCCCACGCCCAUCCCGAACCCAGAACCUGGCCCCCCUACACUCCAUGUCCCAGCAGCCUUCCCCGUCCUCCUCAUCCUCCUCGCAGUCCAACCACUGAGGCCCCUCCCCCUGCUGAAGAGACGGAGGAGCCGAUCGGACUGCGUGCACAGGUCUCUGGGGGAGAUGCUCCAUGCUGCUAAGCUAAUUAUUUAUUACCGAAAGGAUUACGAAGGAAUGGUUCAGAAGAACUCUGAGACGUCGUCUGAAGUUUUGGUUCAUUUUAUAAGCUGGAAUGAGGUGACAGAGUUUUAUAAUCACACAUGAGGAGGUCAGGGACUUCUGGUAGGUAAUAGGCAAUUAAUUAAGAAUAAUAGUACACUUAGGGUACAAGUAUACACAUGCCAGGGUAGGAGCGGCACUACCCCCCCAGAUCAUGCUCUCCUGGCUCGUCAUCAAAUGAUGUGGACUCAUCCACAGCUGAGGAGGGAAAGGGGAGCUCAGGAAGAGAAUGGACCGGACCUAUUUCCCAGUUCAGAGGGGGGGCUGAAGCAAGUUUUUUUUUUUUUUUUUUUAAUUUUUGGUUUACCACUGUUCUUUGCGGAGCUGGUUCGGUGUUGGCAUGUUUUUGUUCUCCUAGCAUGCACUGCAGCACCCCUUUCAUUGGCGUCUCCUUGUGGUACAGUUAUGUUAUCCUCCCUUUUUACUCCUUUGUCUGUGUUUCACCUCUUGCUUACCCCCAGGGUAUUUAAAGACAAGUAAAAAACAAACAACUACAAGCCCUUCACUCGGUGUUGAGACGGCAGACUCCAUUACGGCACAGAAGCAGGUGGUGAAUCCGGGCCCCAGUCGGGUCGCUUCCUGCCGUGCAUCACUUAUGGGGCUCGCUUGUUCUUCCAGCACUCCGUGCUCUUGUUGUUUAUGCAGCUGUGAUUUAAUAUACUGAUCAUAGUAGAGGACUGUUAUUAAUAAAUGACACUGUGGGGAGGGGGGAGGGGUGCAGUGGCACGCCUGGAAAAUGGUGAGCACCGUGGGUCAGAGCUUCUGGAGAAUAUGGUAACGGGGGCUCCGCCCCAUGGCUGACACUGUGCUUAACCCCGCCCCAACCUUCCCUUUGGCAUUUGUGACUGGCUGCCUCUGUGGUCACUCAAGCUUGGAAUCUUUAUUAAAAACAAGAGUUUGGGAAAAUCAAA